AGGAUCGCGCAGUACUCACUACGCGAUCGGACAGACCAGUGAACCACACAUGCCACGCAAUUGGUUUUGGCGCCUCUGGGCCAUUUGGCUCAUUUCUUCAGAGCCUGCAUCUGCUGUGUCCAGGGUGAAUGGAACUCUGGGGGGCUCCGUGUCUUUCCAUCAGUUUGUGUACUGGAAGGCUCCAUUGGAGUGGAGGUUUGGAGAUGAUGAAGUAGUUGCAGUAAGGCCUUUUUAUGGCGCUCCGUAUUGCUACCCUCGUUAUCAAGGGAGGUGCCAACUUUCCAUUGAAGGAGCAUUGCAGCUAAACAACCUGACGUACUCCGAUCAAGGGCAAUAUGUCUUUAUCGUUGGGGCAAUUGAACCUUACCGCAGCCAGAUUGUCUAUUAUCAGCUCCAAAUAUACUCUCCUCUCAAUGUUCCAGUUCUCAUUCUUAACGCUGCUCAUAACCGCCUUGUGAGCGGAAGCAAUGUUACAUUUCAUUGUGAUGGUGGUAACCAGAAUAUCACUACUUACCUCUUCUACCGUGAUGGGAAGAAAAUCUGCUCAGAGCCCCAUGUGACCUGCCGGGAUUCCUACCUCUACAUCCAGCCAAUCACAGGGAGUGACAGCGGGAGGUACACCUGCACCAUCCACAACCCUGUCAGCUCCAACAUCAGCAAUGUCCUUCUAGUGACUGUAUCAGCCGCUCUCACUGCUCCUGCCCUCGUUCCUAAUUCUGCUCCUAAUCAUCUUUUAAAUGGCUCCUAUGCGUCUUUCCAUUGUGAUGCCGGUGAGCAGCAUGUUGCUACUUACACUUUCUACCGUGAUGGGAAGAACAUCUGCUCAGAGCCCCAUGUCACCUGCAGGGACUCCUACCUCUACUUCCAGACGAUCUCCAAGCAUGACAGCGGAAGGUACACCUGCACCAUCCAGAACACUGCCGGCACCAGCAGCACCAGUAACAUCCUGCAACUGAGUGUAUCAGCCCCGACUUCUGCAGCGGUACUGACCAGUAAUCAGACAGAAUUGGUCUGGGAAGGAGAAUCCGUGACUUUCAACUGUUCAACACUUACAGCUGCCAACUUUACCUGGAAUGUGAAUGGGUCUUCAUUACCCGGAGGUGGUCAUUAUUAUAUUUUACUAGACCCUGAGAGACAAUUUACUACUCUGACCCUCAGCCCUGUCUCCACGAAUGACACAGGAUCUUAUACCUGUGAAGCUCGUAAUACAACAAUGAAUGAGACCAGUAAUGCUCUGAUCCUGAAUGUGGGCAUCGCCCCGACUAAUACAAGCAUUUAUUGUGGUUCAGAAGCAUACGCCGGAGGCGUGGUGCUCAUCUGCUCCUGGGCAGGAGGACAACCCGCAGCUGACAUUCAACUGUCAUUUAAUGGCACGCUCAUAAAUGAAAAGGACGCGGUAAAUCUAAAUGUGCUUCUGAGUAAUGAGGUCCAACAACCAGAACUCGUCUGCCAAGGAAAUCAAACGGGGAGAAUAUCCGAGUGCAAGACAACUUUUGAACGUCCGGCAUCUUCGAGUCAUGACAACAAUGCGAUAACUUCAGCGAUCGAAGGGCAAAAUGCAACGCUGAACGUGAGCCUGACAUCUCAAAGCUCUCUUAUUUCUGACUUCACAUGGUUCAGUCCCAAUCUAAGCCCCGUUAAUGUAAGCGAUGGGAAAUAUAAGGUGGAAACCAUUGGCUCUCAAUCCAUACUUUCCAUCUCUAAUUUGACUGUGAGCGACAACAACGGGACCUUCAGAUGCACAGCCAGGAAUGUCAUUGGAAGCACAACCUUCAAUUUCAUCCUCGAUGUCCAAUCACAAGGUUCUAAUGAUUCUGGUGGUUCUAGUGGUUCUAGUGGAUUGAGUGGUGGAGCGAUAGCCGGCAUUGUGAUUGGUGUACUAGCUGGAGUGGCCCUUAUCGGGGUCGGUGGCUACUUUCUUGUAAAGAAAGUGUUCUAAUAGGUCAGCGUUGACAACCAUGCUUGGUCCGAGCUUUGGCCUACACAGAAAUCUGUGCCAUAUGUUACCAGCGCUCCGUGGAGAACCGGACACAGAACAGUUCUCUAGUUGUCUUUCUCAAACUAUAAUGCUUAUCAUUACAUUACCGGUUUUAUUUAAUGAUGUGCUGUACUUAUAGCAACCAGUCAUUUUUCAUCAUCCUUCUGCUAAACACCAGAUCCACAGUGAGAGUACGCCGGCGUAUCUACUGAUACGCCGGCGUACUUUCAAAUUUCCCGCGUCGUAUCUU